GUGACUCCUCUACGUGCGUGGAAGAGUGUGGCUUCACGGGGGAUCCAGUCACGUCUUUCCUUUUAUUUUAUUAUUAUUUUUUUAAACAGACGAGAAGAUUGGGUCCCGAACUGAAGCGUUUGAAUCCAGAGAGCUGAUUCAUUUCUCCAAUCGUUUCUUGGACCAUAAAACGAAACCGAGAUGAGUAUCGAGACGCUUUUAGAGGCGGCGAAGUUUUUGGAAUUGCAAGCCCUGCAACAACAGAAAGCACGUGAAGAGAAUGAGCUGCAGGAGCGGCGGCGUCGUGAGCAGGAGGCAGAGAAGCGGAGAGCAGAGCUGAACUCUUACACUCAGCCCAUUCGACUGAACCCCGUAACCUACAUGGAGGAGUCCGGCCCUGAGCGUCGCCACAUACCUGCCCCGGCUCAGCCUCCACCCCCUCCUCCACCCAUGCCCAUCACAGUCAUCCCCAUCCCACUGGUAUCCAGCACCCCUCCUGCCAUCCCUUCACCCCCAACCACCUCCCUCAGCCCAUCAGCAGCGCCCCGUCUCACGCCGCCCAGAAAAGAUGCUUCACCACUGCCAAACCAGCACCCGCGGCCCCUCGCCCCGACUCAGGUCAAAACAGAGCCCACGUCACUGCCUCAGUCCAAUGGCACAAAACCAGCCCAACAGAUCCAGAGUUACCCCGGCUCCAUCGUCAUGUCAUCCCAGCAUGCACUGCUCCCUCAACCUGUGCCUCCAUCUCUUCAGACAAGCCCUGUGGGGAGAGGAAGCCCGCCUGAGGACCACCGUGGUUUGGAUGGCAAGAAGAGGCCUGGAGGGGCAGGAACGAGAGAAGUGCACAAUAAGCUUGAAAAGAACAGACGUGCACAUUUAAAAGAGUGCUUUGAGACUCUGAAGAAGAACAUCCCUAAUGUUGACGAGAAGAAGACAUCCAACCUGAGUGUUCUGAGAAGUGCUUUGAGAUACAUUCAGACGCUGAAGAGGAAGGAGAAGGACUAUGAGCAUGAGAUGGAGCGUCUAGCACGGGAGAAGAUCGCCCUGCAGCAGAGACUGGAUGAGCUGAAGAACGAGCUGAGCCAGAGACUGGACGUGAUGGAGAUCGACCGCGUUCUCCGACAGACCGUCCAGCCUGAUGAUGACCAGGCCUCUACCUCCACUGCCUCUGAAGGCGAAGACAACUUUGAUGAAGACAUCGAUGAUGACAGCUUAUCCUCCAUGCCCACCGCCUUACCCAAAGUGCCUGCUGCGCUUCAGCCUGAGUUAAAGAAAUCUCACCCCUUGUCGUCCCUCCUAACACAACACAUCCAUAUCCCACAUAAACAGUCUAAAUCCCCCAUGCCCUCAGCUCAACUGUCCCCCAUCGCCGCCGCCACCCCGAUCACAGCGCCAACUUUAUCUUCAACUCUUAAUGGCCUGGCAUCUGCUCCUGCCCCCCAAACCCUACCUCCAGCCCACACCCAUAUAGUGAAUGCUGCCAGCCUGCAGCCCUCAGUCAUCGCCCAUGCGGGAUCAGCGUCACACGCCUCCGUCAUCCAAACAGUUAACCACGUCAUUCAGCCCGCAUCCAAACACAUGGCCCACAUUGCUCCUUCCUCCUCAAGCCCUGUUCAGCUGGCACCCGGACCUCAAUCCAUCAGCCACAUCACUGUCGCCCACCUGCCGGGAAUCUACCCUCAGCCAGUCACCGUCACGCAGCCGGCGGUCAUGAGCCACAUCGCACACACACUCUCUCACGCCCAGAUUAACGGCACUGCAGCAUCCUCAGCGCAAGCCGCCAUUAUGGCCAAACAGACGCCGGUGGGCGCGCAAGUCGUCGCCCAUCAUCCUCAGCUGGUGGGCCAGACCGUCCUGAACCCGGUUACCAUGGUGACCAUGCCCUCCUUCCCAGUCAGCACGCUAAAGCUGGCCUGAAGCGCUGACCAAUCACGUAAAGACACUUCUGCAGACACUAUAAAGCUAAAGUACAUUCCAAAUGGAAAGAAAGUAUCUAAAGCGACACAAAGAAUUUUAUUGAAUGUCUAAUACUAUAUAGUGAUUAUGUAAGACAAGAGAUGUUUAACGUUUAUGUGUGGGCACAGUUCAGAGCGCUAGAGAAGUGUGUAUUGAUGAAACUGUGGUCCGAUCCCAGCCUAAAUUGACUGUCAGCCAGCCUAUAAUGUGUGACUACUGGUUUUAAAGGCAGCCCCAUAAUACCUCACACUAACAGCACACCUCAUGUGAAUGCUCCUGCUAGACCAGGUUUAGUGUACUGUCUGGUGUCUGAUGUAGACCAAAAAAAGAUUUAUUCAGCCUCAUGUUGUUCCAACCUCACUCACUUUCUUCUGCAAAGCUUGAAUAUGAUUGGUUCAUUUAAUAUACACUAAAAGUAAAUGGGGUCCAAUGUGUUUUACACCCUGUUGACUUUCAGUGUGCAAAACAAAAAAGUUUAGCUGUACGUCCAAACUGGAAUGUUGUCCGAGCAUGUUUGUUUGAAUUUGAAUGUUUGUGUGUUGUAUAAGUAUGAAUAUGCUUAAUAUGAAUGAAUUUUGGGUAUACUUGCAUUAAGGUACUUUUAGCCUAUUUUUUUAAUAUUCAUUUGGAUGUGCUACUCUUUUGGUGUACAGUUUUUCAGCGUUUGAUUUCGAACACAACAUCGUUUUUCUAUUUCACAGAAAAGUCGUAGAUGUUUGCGAAAAACAUGAGAGUGAAUAAAUUUGGGGGGGAUCAGCAUUGUAAUAUCAACUUACCGGGACAGUAUGAUGUCACGUUUUACCACUGUAGUUGAUGCAAGACGUAGCAUCAUAAUUACACAGCAAAAAAGAUUGUUUCGAAUCAUUAUUAUUAUUAUUAUUAUUAUUAUUAUUAUUAUUAAUAUUAUUAUACAAUGAUACAAUGAUUUUUAAAAGUGAUUUUUACAAAACAACAAGUUCUCUCUUCAUUUACUCUCCCUUCGCCUGUUUAAGUGUCUUUCAUUUGUUGAACACACAAGCAAUCGGAAACCAGUAGAUGCUUGACCUCCAUAGUAUGUUUUUUAACAAUGAACGGCUAGCGGUUUCCAACACUUAAAAAAAUGAUUUUCUUUUGUGUUCAACAGAAAAAAGAAAGUUUCGUUACCACAUGAGAGAGAAUAAAUGGUGAGUACAUUUUCAUUUUUUGGGUAAACCAUCACUUUAAUAUAGCAUAAAUGAAAACGCUCGCUUUCAGAAGACGACGCUACUGAGGUAAAUGCUUUCCAAUACAAACAAACCCUCCUCAAACAAGAUUAGUUUUUUUUGUUUUGUUUAAUAGUCAAUCACACUAGUUGAUCUCUCAUUUUCGACACCUGGAGCAUAUGUGAGCUGUUUCUCUCUUUCUUUUGCGGAGUUUACAUGAUUUAUUAUCUGUGGUGCUCUAGCUGGCAUAGACACUACUGUUGUGUGACGGUCACGUGGGUCAUCGGGAAUCUGACAGCAGUGCCUUUAACCUCGUAGAUCUGGAGUCCUGUUCAAUGCUGCACAGUCGCCCUCUAUUGUGCUCUUGUUGCAACUGCACUCUUAACUUAUUCACUAACAAGGCCACCUUCUUCAAUUGAGCCCAGCGCUAGUAUAAUUCACAUCUGUCGGGUGCUAACACAAUCAUUCGUUGGCGCAAACAUUGUUCUGGAAGUCUCUCUGAAUGUAUUCCAUCACAUUCAAUGCCUUCAUCUCGCCACUGGUGAUUAAUGUCGGCCAUUACAUGUGCAGGACGUUUUCAUGUAGCAGAAAAGUUAAAAUGACACGCAUUUAUAAUGAUGUGUGUGUGAUUGUUUCUCUCUCUCUCUCUGUGUGUGUGUGUGUGGCAAAUACAUCACAAAAGCUUUGUGUAUGUGUGUCUUUUUGUGAUUUAAAAUGAUAGUUCACCCAAAAAUGAAAAUUCUGACAUUAUUUACUUAACGUUUACUCAUUCCAAACAUGUUUGAGUCUCCUUUUUGCGAUUGCACACAGAAGAUGAUGUUUUAAAAAAUGUUGAAAACCUGUAACCAUUGACUUCCAUAGUAAGAAAAACAAAUACUAUGAAAGUCAAUGUGGCCGAUUUUUUUUUUUUUUUUUUUUUUUUUUUUUUUAACAUUCUUCAAAAUAUCUUCUUUUGUGAAGAAACUAAUAUAGCUAAAAUUAAAACUAUUUUGGGUGAACAAUCCCUUUAAUAAUGUUCCGGUGCAAGUGAAAUGAGGAUGGAUGUGACCUCAUGUUCUUUUAAUGAACAUCUUUAGGCUUCAGGACAGCUGUGCGAGUGUAAUAAAUGGAAUUAUGCGUGGAUAGGAAGAUUUCUGUAAUGAGCCAGACACACUUCUGCAGGUAGAGAAAAAAAGCAAGAAAUACAAUUUUUAACUAACACUGUGAUCCAGUCUGUUGUCCCAAACCAGGUUUACAAAUCACACUAGCAUUGUGUUGCGCACGAGUCCCUGCAUUUGAUUUGCUUUCUUUGUUUGUGUGUUUUGUCUGUGUGUAAGAGAGAAAAUUAGCUUUUAUUUUACAUUUUUUAUUUAAUUUUGGUUGUCAGUUAUUUUUGUGUAUUUACACUCUGUAGGAUGUACACAUUCUUAGACAAAUUGACGUGGCUGUUUUCGCAUGUAGAUGGAUGAUUCCUGUUUCUGUGCUGACUUUUUAAAAUAUGUUCUUUUUAAAUUUUCUGGGACCAUGUACAGUUAUAUAUAUAAAUAUAUAUGUUGGGGCGACUUUUCAGACCUCUUUCCACACUGAUAUUAUAUAUAUAUAGAUAUAUAUAUGCGUAUAUAUAGUGUGUUUUCCCUAUGGAGAAAGUUCAAGUUGUAUAUAGCCUGUAAAUUUGGGGCUGCGUAUAGACCUAACUGUCAAUUAUGUUAUGAGAGGAGCAAAAAUAAAUAAAAGAACAAAUGUUGAAUAAAAAAAUAAAUCUUGAUACAUUUA